AUGUAUCCUGCAGCUCUGGUCACUGCCACCACAGCAAAAUACACACCAACCAUUCGCACCUUCAGCAACACAACUGCCGUUUUCAAGAAAGGCGGAAAAGCAGCACGCGAAGCCUCACGCUCCGAAUCGUGCUCGUCCUCGCCGUCCUCCGCCGCGGCAGUAGGCUCAGAAGACCCUUUCGACUUUAGCGCUUUGGAGUCAGACAUCAGCGAUGCAGUCGAGAAACUGAAGAGCGAUCUUUCGCAAUUGAGACAGGGAGGACGAUUCAACCCUCAAGUACUCGAGAGUUUGCGCGUGCAACUCAAACAAGCCGACCCCACAGGCCAAAACCCUCUGCUCCUCAACAUCCCCAUCCCGCCUCCCACCGCCGAGUCGCGCAAGCAAGCCGUUGCAGCAGCAGCAAAAGCAGGAGAUGUGGCCAACAACGCGGUCAGGAAUGCCAGACAAGGGCAGCAGAAGAAAUUGAGGGCUAUGCAGUUGGCAAAGUCUGCGAGACCGGAUGACUUGAAGAAGGCAGGUACGCAAAUGGAAAAAGUUGAGGUCAAGAAGAUUGUGGAUGCGGCUAAGAAGGCUUUGGAUGCGUAG